AUGGCGCCACGAACGCUUCAACCCUCUGGACUUGUUCUCGUCUUCCUGCCAUCCAUCGUAUCUACGCUUGUCGUUAUCCUGAGAAUUUGGAAGAAAGUCACCUCGAAACACUUCGCAAUUGAAGAUGUUCUUCUCAUCAUCGCGCAAUCGCUGAUAUUCAUCCUCGCCUUUACUACUUGGAGAUCCUUUAAGGUCAGCUGGUAUGGCUAUCACUAUUAUGAUGUUCCUCCAGGAGCAAAGGAUAUCAUUCUCAUCUUGAAAUGGAAUUAUGUCAAUGCGGUCAUCUACAAUCCCAUUCUCGGACUCAUCAAAGCAUCAUUCGUUCUCACCCUCAUCAAACUACGCUCACCCAACCAACGCAUCAAUUAUUGCCUCUGGGCAAUAUUUGCCAUCAACGCGGUCUUCACCGUCGCCGCCCCCCUUGUUUGCGCAUUUCAGUGUAAGCCCGUCGCGAGGUUUUGGAACAAAAGUUUGCCCGGUUCUUGUCUUGACGGGCCGAGCUACGCAUACGGGACAAUUGGGAUCGUCCUCAUAACUGAUGUGAUGGUUGUCAUCAUGCCCACUUGGAUUCUAUACAAUCUGCAAAUGCCAAUAGGGAAGAAGCUUAUGAUGAUAUCGUUCCUUUCUUUUGGGUUGGCAGUGACAGCGAUUGGAGCAUACAGAUUAUAUGUUUUCCACUACUUGUACAACGGGUUCACGAAGAACCCCGACAGCGCCUACUCAGUCAGACAGGGUUUGUCGAAUCUGGAAGUCAGCCUUGCGAGCAUCGGUGCGUGUGGCGGGACGAUCAAGUGGAUGUUGGGCCUAUGUAUGCCUUUCUUCGCCUCCGAGGAUUCGCGGAUCGCCAAAUCAAAACGAUCUGACCGAUCAAACUCGUCUCGAGAGCGGGAUAACAGGCACACCCCGGAACCAGAUCUUAUUACAACAGAUGGAGAUGACAUGGAAUUGAGGGAUCAACCGGAGGAUAAUCAUGGACCAGUCUGGAAAAAGGUCACGGUUCGGUCGCGCAAUAGGCCCACGAGUCGACAUGAGACGCCCGAUGUGGAAGUGAAACCUGACGACCAAUCUUCGACCACCACGAGGCCGACCGAAUGGGAUGCAUCGAGCAAAGCAAGCACGAUGUUGGGGAAAGACACCAGUUCAUACGAGAGGAGACAGACACCGAGAAGGGUGAUCUAG